AUGCACCCUAGAGAUAGAAAGCUGCAGACGGCAGCUCUUUUGUUCUUGGCUUCGUUAAUUGCAUGGACAGGCCUCACCGAGGCAGCUGUCCUGCCCAGGUCCGCAGCGUCGGAGAAGCUGGAGGUUCACUGUAUUGAGGAGUACGGAAAGUACUGUGGUGGAAAACUGAGUGGAUUCAGAUUCAGCGAUGGUUGCCGUGUUUGCAAGUGCGAGAAGACCGCUGUCCUCUGCAAAAAGGGUCCCUGCAAAUUCUUUGCCGGACUUGACGAGGACGCACUGGACUACUGCGAUGGAGUCCUCUUACGUAACGCAGUAGCCUAUAAGGAAUUCACAAGAAAAGCCAAAGCCGAGAAGCAGAAACAGCAGACGGUACAGGGGCCCAAAAUCGACGCACGCAGCCUCAAGUUCAACAUCAAGUAUGAAACCAGACCGAAAACUAAGAAGGAGGAGCAGGCAAUCAAACAUGAGAUGAUCGGUGUCCUGCAGGAUCAAAUGAAGGGCGCAAUUCAGCAGACAAUGCAGGAGGCUGUCAAAAAGCAGUUAACUGAAAAGCAACGUCCCAAUGCCGUCGCGGUAGCUCCGGGUAGC